GCAACAGUUGUCGAUUAACCUGCCAUGAACCAGUUAACCUUUGUCAUUUGCCUUUUGCUCUGCUCGGCGGCUCAGGCUGCCUUCCAGGACUUUGUGAUAGGACCUGAGUCGUAUGAAGGUGAAAACGAGAUGGUUUCAGCCGGGCAUGAAUUAGAUGACGAGGUUAUGAGUGAGGAGAUCAUGGUUUCCCUCCAAGAUGUGCAGCAGGAUGGAGUUGUGGACACCAAUCUGCUGAUGAAAGCUCUAAUGCAACAUGCCAAACGUUUGGGCAUGAGUUUGGAUGAAUUGGCAAAUGUAAACAUUGAAGCCGAGGAAGAUGAAUCUAUGAACCAACUGGGCUGUUCAUCUGGCCAAGAAGUAAUGGGGUACGAAGAGAAACCCACCUGGCGGGAUCUGAUUUUUGGAUAA